AUGUCUGACUCCGAGGAAACCCGCGUGGUUAAGAAGCGGAAGUUGGAAGAUAAUCCUGUCGCUUCUGACGAUGCUGAACAGAAGGAUGUCGAAGAAAUUGUUGAGAUCAACGGUGAAAAACCAAAGAGACCACCAGCAAAAGUCUAUCCUUUCACAUUAGAUACUUUCCAGAGAGACGCGAUUGACUGUAUUGAAAAUGAUAGAUCUGUCCUUGUGGCUGCCCAUACCUCGGCAGGUAAAACUGUGGUGGCAGAGUACGCCAUUGCUCAAUCUCUUCGAGACAAACAAAGAGUGAUCUAUACUUCUCCAAUUAAAGCGUUAUCGAAUCAAAAAUACAGAGAAUUAUCAGCAGAAUUCGGCGAUGUCGGGCUUAUGACUGGUGAUGUGACCAUUAACCCUGACGCCGGGUGUCUUGUCAUGACCACCGAAAUUUUGAGAUCGAUGUUGUACAGAGGUUCCGAAGUGAUGCGUGAAGUUGCCUGGGUAAUUUUCGAUGAGGUUCAUUAUAUGAGAGAUAAGGAAAGAGGGGUUGUUUGGGAAGAAACCAUCAUCUUAUUACCUGACAAGGUCCAUUAUGUUUUCUUGUCUGCCACCAUUCCUAACGGUAAAGAAUUUGCCGAUUGGAUCGCCAAAAUCCACAACCAAGAAUGUCGUAUUGUUUACACCGAUUAUAGACCUACUCCGUUACAGCAUUACUUGUUUCCAGCUAAUGGCGAUGGGAUUCAUUUGGUUGUUGAUGAAAAGGGGGUUUUCAGAGAGGAAAACUUCCAGAAAGCAAUGGCAGCAAUUAGUGAUAAAACCGGCGAUGACCCAGGAUCAGUCAAUGGUAGAAACAAUAAGAAGGGUCAAAGUUUUAAAGGCAAUAAACAAGGAGGCUCCUCGGAUAUCUACAAGAUUGUGAAGAUGGUUUGGAUGAAGAAGUACAACCCAGUGAUUGUUUUCUCUUUCUCCAAGAGAGACUGUGAGUCUUUGGCUCUCAAAAUGUCCAAAUUGGAUUUCAACAACGAUGAAGAAAAAGAUACUUUGGGGAAAAUUUUCAAUAAUGCUAUCAGCAUUUUGCCAGAAAGUGAUCAAGGAUUGCCACAAAUUAAAAAUAUUUUACCAUUAUUGAAAAGAGGUAUUGGUAUCCAUCAUUCGGGUUUAUUACCAAUUCUUAAAGAAAUUAUCGAAAUUCUUUUCCAAGAAGGGUUACUCAAGGUUUUAUUUGCUACAGAAACAUUUUCUAUUGGGUUGAAUAUGCCUGCCAAAACUGUGGUCUUCACCUCCGUCCGUAAAUGGGACGGUAAUGGUUUUAGAUGGGUGAGUGGCGGUGAAUAUAUUCAAAUGAGUGGUAGAGCUGGUAGAAGAGGGAUUGAUGAUCGUGGGAUUGUUAUUAUGAUGAUCGACGAAAAGAUGGAACCUCAAGUUGCCAAAGGUAUGGUGAAAGGUGUUAGUGAUAGAUUGGAUUCGGCGUUCCAUUUAGGUUAUAACAUGAUUUUGAAUUUGAUGAGAGUCGAAGGUAUCUCUCCAGAAUAUUUGCUUGAAAAUUCCUUUUAUCAGUUCCAAAGUGUUACUGCGGUCCCAGAAAUGGAAAAAACGUUAGAAACUAAAGAAGACGAACUUGCCAACUUCCACAUUGCUGACGAGGCAUCGAUAAAAGAAUAUUACGAAUUGAGAAAUAAUUUGAAUAAUUAUAAUAAGGAUAUGGUCGAAGUUCUCACCCAUCCUUCUAAUGUUUUGAAUUUCUUGCAAAACGGGAGAUUGAUAAAAGUGAAAAUUCCAAACAACGCCAACCCUGAAGAACCAUUUGAGUAUGGUUGGGGUGCGGUCACUAAUUUCAACAAGCGGGUUAAUAAGAGAAAUCCAAGUCAAACUUACCCAGAUCACGAAUCAUAUAUUGUGGAAGUUUUGAUCACCAAAAUGUUUGCUGACUCCCCAUCAAACUUAAUUAAAUUGUUCAAUCCUAAUUUGCCAAUGGGGAUUAGACCUGUCAAACAAGGUGAAGAAUCGAAAUGUGAAAUUAUUCCAAUUACCUUGAAUUCCAUCGAAGCGAUUUCCAAAGUCCGUAUUUAUUUGCCUAGUGAUUUCAAGUCCACCAGUCAAAAGAGAACUGUCGGUAAAAGCAUCAACGAAGUGAGCAAAAGAUUCCCAGAUGGUAUUCCAUUAUUAGACCCAAUUGAAGAUAUGAAAAUUGACGAUAAAAGUUUCAAGAUGUUGAUCAAGAAAAUUGAAGUAUUGGAAUCCAAAUUGCAUUCCAACUCUUUGGCCAACGCAAUCAAUUUACAAAGCUUGUACGAUGAAUAUUGUCAGAAGAUUAAACUUGAACAAUCCAUCAAAACUUUGAAGAAACAAAUCACCGAAUCGAAAUCGAUCGUUCAAUUGGACGAUUUAAAGCAUCGUAAAAGAGUUUUGAGAAGAUUGGGGUUCACCACUCAAUCGGACGUCAUCGAAUUGAAAGGACGUGUUGCUUGUGACAUUUCCACCGGGGAUGAAUUAUUGAUCACCGAAUUAAUCUUCAAUGGUAAUUUCAACGACUUGACCGCCAGUCAGUGUGCCGCAUUAUUGUCGUGUUUUGUAUUUGAAGAACGAUCAAAGGAGGUUCCAAGAUUGAGACCAGAAUUAUCUGAACCACUUAAAGCGAUGCAGGAGAUUGCCCUCAAGAUUGCCAAGGUGUCUAAGGAUUGCAAGAUUACCAUCGUUGAAAAGGAUUAUGUCGAGUCUUUCAGAUCGGAAUUGAUGGAAGUGGUAUACUCGUGGUGUAAUGGAGCAACUUUUACUCAGAUUUGUAAAAUGACCGAUGUUUACGAAGGUAGUUUGAUUAGAAUGUUCAAGAGAUUGGAAGAAAUGAUUAAGCAAAUGAUUGAUGCUGCAAAGACUAUUGGAAAUGCCGACUUGGAGAAGAAGAUGGACAAAGCGUUGGAGUUGGUACAUAGAGAUAUUGUCAGCUCUGGUUCUUUGUAUUUGUGA